AGUUGCGCCCGCGCACGCAGACUUCACACUCGUCCUAUGUUUUCACUUCGCGAGUGUACUUCGAAAUGUAUUAUAUCGUAUACGUUUACGAUGAACGCUAACUAACCAUUAACAAAUUGACAAAGAAUAUAAUAAAAUGUUUUUUUUUAAAUUUACUUAAUGGCAUUUCCUAGUUUGUAAUUGUUUGCUAUUGAAUACAAUUUUAAUAUAUAAAUUUUAGUUUUAAAUUAAAUAAACCCAGGCAAAGGCUAGUCACUAGAUACGGACAAGUCAGUUUUUAACUGUCGAAAUUAUUUUACCUCUAAGUGACAUUAGUUUUUGUGAUAUUCUAAAUAAAAAUGGUUUAUUGAACAAUCCUACGUGGUGAGAAUUAUUGCUAAGUGGUGCUUGGUAAAUUCUGGCAAUGGCUGAAAAGGAGACUAAGGCCAACGGAAAUGCUCUGGACUUCGAUCAGCUGAUGCACGAGCUGGGCCAGUACCGCAAGUUCCACCUGAUCAACUAUUGCCUCCUGUCAGCGCCAUUGUUCCUUUCUGCUGUGUACGGGCUCAACUACGUGUUCCUGGCUGCUGAUGUACCAUACAGAUGCGUGGUGCCGGAGUGCGAGGCUGCUAACAGCACGGAGUACAAUCCAUCGUGGCUGGCAGGCGCUCUGCCGACUGGGGAACAGGAGAAACGGUGCUACAGCCGCGCCCCCCUAGACGAUCAGCUUCCGUGCCAAGAUGGUGCCUUCACCGAAGAGCUGCGCGCCUGUGAUCAUUGGCUCUACGCAUCUAAUGACACCAUUGUUGCCGAGUUCAAUUUGGCGUGCCAGGAGUGGAAGCGAACUCUGGUGGGGACGAUCCAUAACAUUGGAAUGCUGGUCUCACUGCCAAUCCUCGGAUACAUAUCCGACCGUUGGGGUCGCAAGCGGGCGCUGGUGCUGAGCUGCACUCUGGUUGGCGCCAUCGGUACCCUGAAAGCAUUCUCUGUGUCUUACGAAAUGUACGUCAUUGUGGAGUUCCUGGAGACCGUAGCUGGAGCCAGUGCCUUUCCAGCCGCUUACAUCCUGACUAUCGAGCUUUUAGGACAAGACAAACGAGUACUCACCACAGCAUUUUUGGGCAUUUUAUUAGUACUUGGUGGGUUGAGUUUUGCUUUGUUGGCCAAAACCUUCCAUUACUGGCGUACCUUCAUACUGGUCGUCUACCCACCAUCUUUACUCUUCCUUUCCUACAUUUAUCUGCUACCUGAGAGUAUCCGUUGGCUGCUAACACAGAAUAGGAAAGAGGAAGCAGUGGAAAUAAUUAUAAGAGCUGCAAAAAUGAACAAUGUAACUCUAUCAGAGGAGACAAUGAUGCAGUUGAAGAUGGAAGACAAGAUCAAAACGACGGAGGAGAAGCAGAAUUUGGAAGAAGAUAAAGGCCUAUGGAUUCAAGUACUACAUUCGCCUAUCAUUAUGAAACGCCUUGCAAUAUGCUCCUGGUGGUGGAUCACGUGCACUUUCGUCUUCUACGGGCUGGCAAUCAACUCAGUAUCACUUGCUGGUGAUAAAUACACCAACUACAUGCUGGUGGUUAGCGUGGAGGUCAUUUCAGUGGUCACUAACGCGCUGGUGCUGGACCGUAUUGGAAGAAAGAAGACGCUGCUAGUCGCGUACACCAUAUGCGGGAUUUCUUGCGUGGCUCUAACGUUUGUACCGAAAUCGAUACCAUGGUUGAAAACACUCCUGUACUUAAUAGGCAAGAUUGCAAUCACGCAGGCGUUCAGUGGCAUCUAUAUGUACACAUCGGAACUUUUCCCGACGCAUGCGCGCCACUCGCUGCUCGGCUGUUGCUCAAUGGUCGGCCGUAUUGGUUCCAUCAUCGCCCCACAGAUGCCGCUACUGGCGAUAUACAUAGAUUGGUUACCGUCAGUACUUUUCGGUACAACAGCCCUAAUCGCUGGUGGAUUAAUGCUGACUACACCAGAAACCCUCAACACACGGUUACCUGAUACGAUUAGCGAGGCUGAACACAUAGCAGCGGCACCGCGGGUUUCACCCGUCUCCAACAGCGAAACGCAUCACGGUGUCACAACCUCAUAGGGUUACCAGAUGGGAAAUUGAGCACUCUUGGCAAACAACCUGAUUUCUGUAUGAAAAUUCUGACAUUUUGUUGUAAACAUAACGAGCGUAAAAAAAACAUGUGACAAAACAACACACUAACUAAACUUCGAGAGAAUGAGACGAAUGAAGGGUAUCAGAAGUAGAGUUAUUGUAGACUUUAUGUCAUUCAAAUAUAAAUUAAUAAAUUUACAAGCAGUGUAUACUGUAAUCUAUCUCAUUCUAUUGCAGGAUAAAACCUAUGGAUAUAUAUUAUGUUUGUCUCUUUUUAGUGUCGUGUUUUCGUUUUAUCGAGUAUCAAAUCACAACAGUUCUAAAAAAUGACUUCAAGACUAAUUAAUUAUUGGUUUUGUACACUUUAAAUUCACAUCGCAGUUUUCACUCCUCCCACCCAAACACGUACUUGUAUUUAAUUGAAAAAUUGAAAACGCCUGACAUUUCCAAAUUUGAUUAGAGUCCAAAAGUCCAAACACGUCAGGAUAAAUCCUGACCAUUUGACCAUUGAUAUGGUAUCUCUACCAUUUCACGUUGUCAAAUAUUUCUACCUACCAACCGAACAAGACUCGUGAUAAAAUUGACAUAUUCCUAGAACACGCGUAGAAACAGUGCAAUAGACUCAUAAAGUAUUAACAUCAAAAGGCUGGGUUGAAUAAAAUAGCGAGGCCACGAGCCACGGAAUCCGACGUCCGAGUAAACUACAGUCAGUGCCAAAAAUAAUAUUUUAUGGGAUCAAAGGUGCACUAAAGCCGAUGUUUACAUAAUAUUUAAUCGAAUUGUCUUAAUCUUACUCAAACUGUGAAUAAAAACGUGAUAUAGAAAUAUAAGUAAUAAAAAUAUAAUGAACUGUGUAGUGGCCUUGUAGAUUAUCCUCUACUAUAUAUCGUCCCGUGGGUGUCGUAUGAGGCGCCAGAGCGGUCAGAUGGAGAUGGGCAGCAAUCACCUGUCAAGUGUGGCAACUAGGCAAAAUCUUCCCUAGGUAAUUUAUGAGACAGGCCUAGGCUUUUGUUGUAUAAGGAUUAUAAUUGAAUGUAAUUUUUCACAUUUAAACUUAGUAAUUCUUUAUUAGAAAAGUUAAAUAUUUAUUAGAUAAGAUUGAAGUUUUUAUUCCACAAAAAAAAAUUGACUCACAUAUUCGCCACAAAAUCUCCAAAACCAUACGCCCGAUUGACUUGAAAUUUGACAUGUUAUGUUCUCCUUUCUCGACGUAGACAUGUCACCCACUAAGAAAUGAUUUUGGAAAAUUUAACCCCUGCAGUGUGAAAUAGGGUAGAUACACUUUUUGUAUAUAUAUAUACAACAAUUUAAUAUAUGAAACGAAGCCUGAAAACCUGAAGCUGAAAUCAUACUCAACCUAUUGUAGAACACGCACUCGCGUUCAUAUGAUAUGCAUCUAAAAUCAUUUGCAACCAAUAACAUGGUAUUAGGUGCAUUAGUGUGCGUGCAGUAGUGAACAUGUACGGGCUGAUUAAGAAAGAAAGAAAAAGAUUUUAUGCGUGUCAAGAAAUUGAACAUGAAAUAGAAAUAGAAACUUUUUAUUUAAUAUAGAUAAUAAAUAAUACUUAUUGGAAAUCACUCUAAUGCUUAAUUUACCAUUGGUUCGAAAAACUCCUUCGUCAUAGGAAGAACCAGCAAAAAACCAUGGCCUCGAUGCUUAGAGCAUUAUGCUCUAAGUUUUAGUGUCAAUAAAUGUGCGCAGCAAUCCAUCAAUAUUUUUUGAUGUGAAACAUCUAUCGGCGCACUUUGGCCGGGAACACUUACUAGAGACAGGUAACUGUUUUAUGGAUUAUGUAAUAGAUCAAACGAAGUUUACUCACUUAAAUUUGAUAGCGUUUGAUUAUUCCUUACUUUGAUUACUUGAAUCAUAUAACAAUAUUGAUUAUAUUAAAAAUCGUAAAGACGUUAGGUCCAACCUUUACAACCCUUAGUUGAAGGUGCUUGUAAUUACCUAAAAAAUAAAUGUAUCAUUGAAGUUGUACUUCAUUUAUUUAGGUUCAGUCUUAUAUAUCGUAUAUCAAAUAGUAGUGCUUGAACUACUGUGUUUCCGCUCUGAGUUGUGUUUCCGCUCUGAGUUGUGUUUCCGCUCCGAUAUACAACAUAUAGAUAGACAAGCUGUGAGACAUACCAUCUUAGUAAUCGGAGGUGACAACGCAUUUGUAGUAUUCUUUGUUUGAAGUUGCCUGUAUGUGUCCAUGGACUGCAGACUGCAGUAGCCAAUUUUCAUCAAGUAGAGGAAUAAACAGUUCUUAUCAUCAGGACAGUUUUCAAUUCCGUUUUAUAAAAAAAUAAUAAGAAGACAGUUAAAAAUAUUUAAGUUAUCGUAUACUAAAAUCAAGUACCUUUUAAAAUAAUUGCUUUACAAAUUUCUAAACAGAGGAAUCCGUUAAAACACAGCUGGGCAUUCCUUUAGGUGCUAUAUUAGGGACCAAAUUGUAAAGUCUAUAUGGAAAAAAAUAUUUUAAGUAUAUUUAUGAAGAAAAUAUUAUAAUAACAUAAGUAUGUACGCAAUAAUUUACUAUAUAUAUUUAGUUUAUUUGACAAUGUUUAAUUCAAUAUUUUUAUUUAAACUAAAUUUGAUAAAUUUGUUAUCCAUCUGCAUUUGAUUUAAAUGGAUAUAUAAAACGUAACAAAAACCCUGUGGUUCCCUUUAAAUGCCUUAUCAGAAUCAAUAUGAAAACGUAUAAAAAUAACAUCAAAACAAAAAUAAAUAUCAAAUUAAAUACAUUUUUUAUUUGCAAAUUGUGUGUAGGCUUAUUACCUCUGCAUUGGUUACGGAGUAAGACGGUAAGUGUAUUGUCAUAGACUCUGCUUUACCAAUGCGCGUGUCCGUCCAGAUAUAAAUAAACAAAAUUCAAAUGGUUUAAUUUAUUUUGUCACGUAUUAUGAACUAAAUCGAUAUAAUAACGAUGAAGAAAAUUUUCACUGUCAUAUAUCAUGCCUAUAUGUACAUCUAUGCGCCCUUAAAAGGGCCACUGGGUUAUUUGUUACAUACUGUAUAUAUAAAUUUCGUAAAAUAGCUUGUAAGAUGUGAUUUACUAUUUAUAAAUAAAACGUUAAACCACC